AUGUCGAGACACCAACAUUUUCUGAUGGCCGAGCAUCUGUUGUGUCAUGCGCCUACUCAAGUGGCUUCGCAAGUCGUUAGUGCGCUCGAAAAGCCCUGUUCACGGCCUGUCAAGGCAAAGGAAAGCAAGAGACCUGCUGCGCCAGAGAGAGACUACUUCAAGACAUGCGUGUCAGCGACCAAGCAAUCCCGCAUAUGCAGCAAAAAGCACAAGUACUUCUGCACCAGUUGCGAAAGACCUUUUGUCGAGAAGGCGGAUUGGAAGCGCCAUGAAGAGACCUACCAAGAGCGCCCUGAGAUGUUCAAGUGCGACCUAUGCCCUGCUAUCUACUUCCUGGAGAAGGACUUUACGAAACACCAUAAAGAAAAACAUCGAUGCACCUCUUGCGCCGACACCACAACACGCAGCAAGAAGGCUCACGCAAUCUCUGCGAAACGAAGGCGCAUGACCAGGACUGGCUGGGGAUGUGGCUUCUGCUGUCAUUUUAGCACCGAUUGGACAGAGAGAUGCGAUCAUGUCGCGCGCCACAUGGAGAAGGAAGGAUUAACGAACAUGAAUUGGUAUCACAGCAAGGUUAUAUACUCUCUGCUUCAACGGCCAGCCAUAUAUCACCAGUGGGAGCGGCUGCUUCUUACGCAACCCGGCCUCACGAAUUGCGCUUGGAACCAGCACUCGACUGGACGCGUCGAGGGUUAUCCUGAACGCAACCCGAUUCCUCAACUCCAAGAUUAUCUCGAGUACUUCACGCCGGAGCAAGACGCAGCGGCACUGGUACGCUUGGCCUACAGCAAGAUAGUGAAGUCUUCCUCACCCCCUCGAACAUCCGCACCACCACCUGUCCCACCCAAGGAUUAUCUAGACACCUCGUUGCAAGGCUGGACCGACGAGAUGGAUUGUUGGGCGCCGCUCACCACUUCCGUCAUCGAAGACGAUAUUCUGCCUACGGGUAUGUGUGGUCUUGAUGGAUGGUAUGGAAAUUAA